AUGACACCUCAAUACGAGACUGGAGUGGGAGGAAUGCCCCUCACCAUCUCGGACAUUCAUUCCUUGAAGAGGAACGAGGCACUGGAGAUUCUUGCCCAGAUUUCACGCGUCGAGAAAAAGACCUUCCCCACCAAUGAGGCCUUCCCAUUCGGCGAAGACCUGUGGAGAAAAAAGCCCAACACGAGAGUACUGUACGCGACUCGAGCCAAGGGAUCACAAUCUGAUCUGAUUGCCUAUGCGGUCUACGUCCGACAGAAGGGUGUUGCGCUUUUACACAAAAUCUGUGUGACAGAGCCUAACCGCCGUCAAGGUGUCGGCCAGGAGGUACUGUCCUACAUUCAGCAGCGCCUACGAAAGGAGGGCUGCCAGUAUAUUCAGCUCUGGGUGGACCAGGCCAGGGAGCCUGCACGCGCCUUGUAUCUUCGCACUGGAUUCGAGGAGCGUGAAGUUAUCCCUGAUUACUAUGCCCCUGGACGAACAGGCAUCAAAAUGGUCCUAGAUUUAGAAGCUUGA